CGUCUAUUUUUAUUGGUUUUUGUUAUUAACAGCUGUACAAUUAAUUAGAGAUAUAAGUUAGAAAACAUCUGUAACCGAGACAUUGUGAUAAUAAAAAUACAAAUUUCCGGUAACUGUUAACAUGAAUUAUCGUGUACUGUGCCACAAACGAUUGCUGCAGUCAUUUGGUUACACUUCUUCCCGUCUUUGGAUUCAAAAUUUUCAAACUAAAUUGAAAUACCCUUGGAACGGACAACUGUGUCUGUUAAACGAUUCGUCAAUUAAUCAGCGCUGCUAUUCCACCAAAGAAAAAUUCGAUGAAAUUUACACGAAAACGAAGCAGAAAUUCUUGUCGAAAAAACUUCCACAAGACGUCGAUUUGACGAGUGUGUUUGCGUGCAACGAAUUAGAUCUUGACGAAAUCAGUGUCUACGGCUUCGACUAUGACUACACACUAGCUUGCUAUAAACAGUCACUGCACUAUUUACUGUACAAUCUUGGCCGUGACAUAUUGGUCCAGAACUACAAAUAUCCCAAAGAAAUUCUCAAUCUCGACUACCUGCCCGGAUUUGCGGUUCGUGGCCUCCAUUAUGACAUCGAAAAAGGGCUGCUGCUCAAAUUGGACUCAUUUCUUCAAAUCCAAUUCGAUACGGUGUAUCGUGGUCUGACACCUGUCAGUGAAGCUGAGGUGUUGCAACUGUACAAGAAUCGCAUCAUACCGAUCGCGUAUGUCGAAGGGAAAAAGGGUCAACAUGAUCUGCGUGGUAGUGCGAAAAUGGUUCAGUUGGCUGAUCUGUUUUCCGUGCCCGAAAUGACACUGUUAUGCAAUGUGGCCGAGUUUUUCAUUCAGAGCGGCAAGAGCUACCAUCCGGAAAUUCUGUUUCGUGACAUAAAGAAGUCGAUCAGUGCCAGCCAUCCGAUAAUGCACAGUUACGUGACGAAAGACGUGGGGAAGUACAUCGACACGAAUGUCAAUUUGAGACAGUACUUCAAGAAAUUGGUGGAGGCUAAGAAGCAGCUGUUUUUGGUCACCAACAGUCCGUACUAUUUCGUCAACAAGGGAAUGGAAAUGCUGGCUGGCGAUGAUUGGCAACGGUUUUUCGAUGUUGUUAUUGUGAACGCUAGGAAGCCUCGAUUUUUUACCGAUCUGUCUCGACCAAUACGAGAAUUCGAUGUAACGACGAACACUCACCUUUGGGAUCGCGUUGUUGCUUUAGAUAAGGGAAAAAUUUAUUAUGAGGGAACCCUGAAACAACUUCUCGAUCUGACCAAAUGGAGCGGCGAAAAUGUGCUGUAUUUCGGCGACCAUCCGUACAGUGAUCUAGCUGAUGUUACUCUGGAACAUGGCUGGAGGACAGGUGCAAUCAUUUCGGAACUGACUCACGAAAUCAACACGCUCAACAACGAAGAGUUCAAGGCGAACGCGAACUGGCUGCAGAUGUUAACUCAAAUGAUUGAAGACCAUCAAGAUAACGAGUCCGAGGCAGCGAGAAGUGCAGUGAGAGCUUGGCAUGACGAACGCGAUGCUUUGAGGCACCAGACGAAGUGCGUGUUCAACCAACAGUUUGGUAGUGUGUUCCGGACGUAUCACAAUCCGACGUAUUUCUCCCGCCGUUUGUUUCGAUUCGCGGACAUCUACACCAGCAACAUAACGAAUUUAUUGAAAUAUUCCGUGUCGCAUACGUUCUAUCCACGGCGCGGUGUUAUGCCACAUGAGUACACUUCGUACUUUAUGUAAAAUGUCCUACGGUUCGAUUGGUUGUACAGAAUCCAGCACUAUAAUAUCUAGGGAUUCGACGAUGUCGGUAGGUAGGUUCCGUUGUAAUUUUAUGAGUCAAUUAGCUAUGCUUCACGAAAAAAAAAAACUGGAUCGGGAACUCAUCGCCGUUUUAGUCAUUAGUUUUUAGGCGCACGAAUUUUGUUGUACACAGUAGUCAGGGUUGCACCUCAAGAACAGUCAGUGUUACACGAUUUACUUGUCUUGCACCGUAAAAGGGAUGGUCAACGUUCAUUUUAUACUGGUACCUAACAGUAUUCUCCAGCAACCAGCACUGGCAUAACGUAUUUUAUUUCAGUUAAAUUAAACAAAAUUUUUCAUAAUUCAAAACACUAGUCAGUUUCAGUAACAGACAAUUUUCUGGAGUAGUAGCGUGAAUUUUUGAAUUUUUUAAAAGGCCUCAUCAUAGAUUGUUCUCUGCGGUUGUUUCAGUUUAUUCACUAAAUAAUCGCCUGAUUCAUCAAGAAUUCACAGAAGAAAUGUUUUGGCGACAUUCGAAGGUGCACUUUAAAACAUAGUAUCGUAAUCUCGUUCAUUUUAACCCAAAGUCGUUCCUUUCUGUCGAAAAAUUUAAAUUUUGAAUUCGAACCAAGAGUUUUAUUAGUGUUGACUACCCUACAAACGGGCCAAUACGUUUUAGAAUAUCAAGUUAGUUAGGUCGAUGUGAGUUAUAGAAUCUCAACAGAAUGUUAAAAUUUGAGAUUUCCUUAGAUAUAAAAUGCACAUUACACAUUUACUCAACGGCAACACAUUGCCGUGAUCAUUAUUCUUAUUAAACGAUUUACCGUCUUUGACGAAAGUUAGGCAUCAUGUACCUCAGCCGAUUCGAUAAAAAAUUUAAAAUCCUUUACGCUGAAGCAUAGUUAAUUGAAAUUCACCCAACAAAACACAUAAAAUGUAGAAAUUGUAGAUAAAAAAUACGAAAUAUCUGUAAACCGGUCAGGGCUCAUCCUAGAUGAAGUAGUAGAUUGUUAAAUGCCUCGACUAUAAAAUUAAUUAUAUUAAGUAACGUAACGCUGUUCAGUGUCAUAUUUCAUGCCAAAAAUUUGUUUUAAAUUUGGAUUUUUGAUGUUUAAAAAGCUCAAAGGAGCAACUACGCUUUUGGAAUCGAACGGAAAGAAAAAAUUGUACAAAUAAAUUGAAUUUUUCAAAUUUUGCUACCAUUGACUGAUAUCGUACCUACUUUUUGAAAUUAUACAAAUUUUUAAGGUAGGAAUUGAGUGCUAGUCAUCUGAUAUCGACCGCUACAAUAAACAUAACAAGCGACCUGCGGUUAAUGUGAAAUUUCGUAUAGCAAAAUUAAUGUUGAAAUAGAUGAAGUAAUAGAAUUGGUCAAUUCAAACAAUAGGAAUAACGGAGUAUUACGCAUAGAAACUAACAGACUCGAGUUCCACUGGUGAUAUGUUUCAACUAACUUUGUUGACUGUAGAUCUAUGAUCCAAUUCGCUUUAUUAGAUCCACCCACAUGCAUAACCAACGUGGAUAUCGCAUGUGUGGAUUGACGACUUCAUUUUCUCCCACUUUAGCUUCAACAUGCAUUUUGCUGUAUAGGACAACAUUACCCAGACUCAUCGCUUUCUUUCCCUGUUGCUUUAUUUAAACAAAUUUUAUAACUUCUAGAAGAAAAAAAUCUCCGAAAAUUGACUACCCCAAUUCAUGGCAAAUUUUGGGAAUAUUCGUCUCGUCGCAUCAAUUCCUACCGUAGAUGUUGAGAAAAUUAUUGUUUUUUUUUUCGAUAAAUUUUAGAAACGAAUAAGAAAAUGAGCGAGAAAAAAGAGAUUUUUUUUAGAGAAAUUAGUAGAAAAUUUGACAAUAAAUGACGAUUGUGUGAAAGUAAAUUAAGACAAAGAGACACUGUUACCGUUUAAGAUUUACCAAUUAUUACAAAUAUGUGUUCAAAAUUGUGAAUCUUAUCAUUUCUCGUACCUGCUUUAAUAUGUUAAACAUUUUGUUUUGUUUGUUUUUGGGUGAAGAAA